CUCAUAUUGUUGGGAUUUGGCACUGGCACUGGCUCCACUUUCCAGCUCUAUCCACCACACUGCCGGCUGACGUGCAUCGACCCUGACCCCAAUUUCAGCAAGUUCCUCCUCGAUAGCCUCUCAGAGAACCGGCACCUCAAGCCUGAGCAUUCAGCAGUCACGUCCGGCAAGGAUCUGUGUCCAAUACCGGGCGGCAGCGUGGAUGUGGCGGUGUGCACCUCCGCGCUGUGCUCCGUGACCAACGUCAAGCAAGUCCUGACGGAGGUUUUGGGAGUGCUCGGGCUGACAAGAUGGGGUUGUGCCGAUCUGUGUCGUGAUAAGCCAAGUUCUGUGUACUGA